AUGAAAUUUAAAGAAACUGCUAACAGUAGUAAGAUGUUGUCUUUUGUAGAUCAUAUAAAGCGAAGUGGCGCUGGGAUUAAAGAGUCCCUGCUCCAACAUAUUAAAUCAGCAGGAAGUGGCCAUGGCUCACCUGCUAACUCCCCUCGAAGUAGCUGUGAUGCACCAAAGCACUCCAGGCGCCACCGCUCAACGGAUGCAUCAGUACUAAUGGAUUCCCCAUGCCGAGAUUCACCAGGCAGUGCACGGCACACGAGACGGCACCGGAAUUCGAUAAAUGGAAAAGACUUGCCAUUACAAGACCUGCCUGCUGUCCCCAAACAAUCUCGCCAGAGGAAGUCAAAGGGCGGCGUGUCAAUAAAGUCGUCGAGGUCAAAAGACCAGAAUUCUUUACCGGACAUCCAUUUCACAGAUUUGGGAUCUGAUUCCAGAUCUGGGCAUGGGCUGAUGAAGAGCAAUGAGAACCACCUUAUAAACUCGGUUUUGGAAAAGGAGGGAGUGAGGAUAUAA